GAGUAUGUAGUCUAGUGUAGUGUUCCUCCUCGAUCCUCACCAACUCAAGUUCCGAGAACCAGAUACGGACAGACGGACAGAGGGCUCUUAAGUCAGAGGAGCUCUGGUCUACUUGGAACAAAUAUCGCGCAGUUCGGGUUCACACAUGUUCUAUUACCACCCAGAAGACAGCUUUCACCAAUAGAAUACAAUACGAUGGGGUGGAAAUCGUGAUAUAUCGGCGUUAUAUCUUUGAUAUCAUGACGAGCUGUCAAAUCUUUCAAUUGGACAAUUGGACCCAAAGUCCCUUGGGAUUGGCCUUGGAACCUCGAAAAAUCCAGAUCGGUCGGCAUGACACUCAACCCACGACUUUCCUCUUGGACACAUUGGACAGAUUGUGGCGACUAAGGACGGAUUUUCAGGCCCAAGGGACUGCUGAACCCGAGGAAUUACUGGAUCCAACGGAAGCAUCAGAGCUGAGCGAGGGCGUGGCGGAUUUCUGUGAAUUUCCGGGCCAGACAGCGACCUUGAUCUUGAUAUCUCGACGUCAAGGUCGCCUUCUUUUGUAUGACUACGAGAAACGGGAAGUGGUCCAGGAUUUGUCCCGGAAUCUGAGGGAAUCCACGGAUUCACCCGUUCGCCGGGCUUGUGCCACGGCAUUUCGCUCUUGUCAGAGUGGACAAGACCACGUCAUCCUGGUCGAUCGGGAAGGCCAAGUCUGGUCAUGGUGUAGCGAGGAAGGUCAACCUCAAAGUGGACGGGUGGCUCGAGGUCAUGAUGAGAGCAGUCCUGAAACACGCCGGGGAUCAGUGGCCUUCACACAGAUCGAGUGCAUGGAUAGUAUUCGGGUGGUCUCUGUACGUUGUGGACUGGAUUUCAAUGUGGCUUUGAUUGAACAUGGUGUGCCCAGUUUGAGACCGCCCAUAGAAGAGGGCGUGGAGCGAGUAUCGUGUCCAUUGGGACUUCCCUUGGACGACCCGCGAGCCCGACUCCGCCGGAGUGUGACGGUUCAAGAGCGAUCUCAAGAAGAAGCCGAGGUCAAUCUCCGAAAGAAAAAACAGCAACAACAAGGUCAAGAUCAAGAUCAAGACUCGGCCAUAUCAAGUCAAACUAGUUCUCCCAAACAGGUGGAACGUUUGGCUCAAUCAGGCAUGUACAUCAAUCCCGCCGAUGCUCUGAAGUAUCUCUCUCAACAAUUGUCUUGGAUGACGCCACACCCUGAAGGCGAAGAGGCGGCAGCAGCGACUAUAGCCGCCAUUACAGAGAGACCCAAAACUCAUCCGGGUGCUGAUGGAGUGGACGAUUUAGAAGUUGUGAACAAUGGCCUGUAUAGGGCGACCAGUGCCAUGGCAGAUGGGGUGAAAUUGGUUGGACGAACCAUGUCCAACUUGUCAGCCUCGUUCAGCUCAAGUACCGAAAAAGAUCCAGCUUUGUCCGAAGAUAGGGCCAGCCUCAACAUUCCCAUGUCCAGUAUGGAAAGCCAGGGGAACUCGAGGAGCGACAAUUUUAAACCCAGGGUUCAAACGAAGAAAUUUGUUCCAACGCGACAAUCCGUGUACUCUCAUCGAAGAUCUCAAUCUGCGUCCAUGAUAUGCAGUCUAACAGGCGGGCCGAACAAAGUCUCGACUGCGCCGGAGUCCAACCUUCUCUCGCCCUCAAGUGGAGGAUGGAAGUACGAGGUGUGGAUGUGGGGCUGCGGCAACAAAGGCCAAUGCGGGACCGGAGACACUCUGGACCGAUAUCAGCCAAGUCCGAUCGAGAAGCUGGCUGAUAAGUGUAUCUUGAAGUUAUCGUGUGGUUCGGCGCAUUGCUUAGCCUUGUCCUCGUUUGGCACGGUCUACGGCUGGGGAGACAAUUCUCGAGGACAGGCUCAUCCCAAGGGACUUUCUUCCCAAUCGUGUGUGACCCCCAAACUCUUUGAACUGCCCCGGGGAGAGACUGCUUGUGAUAUUCUUGCCGUGCUUUCCACAUCACUCAUCCUUACGGACUCGGGGAAAAUUUACAAAUCCGAAUUGCACGAAGAAAGUCAGACCGCGUUCCUCAAUUUCCUACCCCUGUAUGAAGUGCACGAUCAAUCGUUGACCAUUCCCAAGGCCCUUUUUGCUCAGGAUAAAUCCUUUUUUGUCCUGAACGAAGCAUUUGACAAAUUUGUGAGAGAGUUCCGAUCGCUAGAGAAGCGAUAUUUGGGGAAACUUCACCAGAUCCUUUACCGAGUUGUGGAAUUUUAUUGUGAUAAAUCCAGACACAAGCACGUGGACCCCUUUUCGGAAGAGAAAGAACAUCUGUUGGAAGCUCUCAAGAGCUUAUUCAGACUAGUCGCCCGCUCUGUGGCCAAAAAUUCUGUGAUCUCGUGUCUGGAGAAGGCAUGCAAUCUCUUUUGCCUGGAUAAUAUUGAGGACUUUGAGCAAGCUUUGGCCAAGUAUCAUGACGCUUAUUGCGACUGCUUGGUCGGAGAUGGGCUAAUUCUGGACAGUCAAGAGUUUCAUAAGUUGUUUCCCGUGAUUUGUGAAAUACUCGAGGUCCAGUGUGAUACUAAUGCGAAGAAUCUUGGCCAAGAUAUCUUGAGCCAUUUGUUGAAGGUUCCUAUCUCACAUUUUGAAAUCCUUCUCAAUGGAAUCGACUCCAUGACCAUUUCAGGGAGGCGUCAAGGCAAUCCUCAGAUUCUCAAGCUCUGUGAUAUGCUGGAGAAAUACUCACAAUCCGUGAAGACCCUCUUCCGAUCUUUGACUAAGGACGAAAAAAUUACGCGAGACACAAAACGGUUCUGGGACUUUGCGGGUCCAAAAUUUUCGACAGUAAAAUCUUACAGCCGUCGGGUCCUUCUCGACUCUAGGGUGGUUCCUGUAGGUGUGGCUCAUUCGGGGAGUUUUUCAAAGCAUGUACUGAUUCUCAUGAACGACAUGUUGGUUCAUGCAGGCUAUUCAUCCAUCACGUCCCACCCAUUGCAAACGGUAUGGAUUGAUAACCACCACGGUUCUGGUGCCGAUCGACUGGAGAUCAAAUUGAUCAUGCCUGAGGAAACGCUAACCUUGGUUUGUCCGAAUGCCGAGUCGAAAAAUGAAUGGAUUAUCACCCUCCAAAGAGCCAUUCUCUCCACCUUGCACGGCAAGCACUCCAUGACGAUUUCCCCACCCAUCACACGCAACACGACCUACCAUUUUGUCAAGAUCAAUGAUUUGCGUGGAGCCCAAUAUCACGGGAGUUGGAUGCAGGGGAAAAUGCACGGACAGGGAACGAUUACUUGGCCAGAUGGGCGGAUUUAUCGUGGUCAGCUACGUCAAAAUCAGAAGCAUGGGCAUGGUGUGCUGGAGGUGAAGACUGGCGAAGGAACUACCGUGUACGAGGGCCAAUGGAAGAUGGACAGGCUGGAAGGUCGUGGGUUCGUCAAUUACGACAACGGAGAUUACUACGAAGGAACUUUCAAGGAUGGGAAGCCUCACGGACAAGGCACCAUGAAACAGGGUCGGUUUAUGGGAUCAGGCGCUUUCGUGUAUAUUGGAGAAUGGGUCAAUGGUUACAAGAAUGGCUACGGCGUUUCAGAUGAGAUCAUCUCGGGUGAGAAGUUCAUGGGGCUUUGGCUGCAAGACAUGAAGUGUGGUCCGGGUUGUGUAGUCACGGUGGACGGGGUAUACUAUGAGGGCCAAUUCUCGCACAAUAAGCUCACCGGCAGAGGUUUCAUGGUUUUUGAGGACGACACCUCGUACGAGGGAAACUUUGCCGAUGCCGGGGUGUUCAGUGGCCAAGGAACUCUAACUUACGCCAAUGGGGAUCGGCUUGAGGGCCAUUUCCAUGGCAGUUACGGCCAUGGAAUGAAAUUCAAUGGAACCAUUUUCCGAAACAUUCACAAGCCGAACACCAAUCAGACUCCGUCGUUUGGUCAAGAAUCUGACCAGAAAAUCGGCCGCUUCACGGUGAAAGCUGACAAGAAAUGGCUGUCCAUAUUUUCAGGAUUUUUCGAAACUCUGGGCUUGAAUCCAGUUGUGGUGAAUGGAGACCCUGCCAAAUCCGGGCUGAUCUGGGAGCAAUUGGCCAUCUGCAUCAAUCAAGCCAAAAAUGAUGGGAUGGUGCGGGCGCACUUUGGCCACACUCAGAGAAGUGCUGAUAUCUUGGAAGGCCUAGAGAUCAUCCCGAACUAUCACUCGUUCAAUCUGGACUCCUCCUAUUACCAAGAAGUCCAAGCCUAUCUUGACAAGGCCUUUACCCAUCUACUUCAUCCACUCCGGGAUCUCUUGACCGAGCUUACAGAUUGCUUCAACGCCACGUAUGGUAGUGUUCGAAUUCAUCCGAGGCUACUGAAGCAUGCGGUGGAUGAAUUGAGAUCCAUCGUUGAGAGACUCUAUCUCAUUGUCAGAUCGUUGUUCCCGGCUCUGCCUAAAAACGGUGACUUGAAAUGGAUCACAGACACACCGGAUCAAUCGACAGAUCUCACCGACACAAUGGUGACGGCCUCAAUGGUCAUCUAUCCGCACAUUUUACCAAAGAUCCAUUCCUCGAUAUUCAUGUUGUACGCUUUACAUUACAAGAAGGACGAUGACGAUUAUUGGGUUCGAAUUGUGAAGUGGAACCGCCACACCGAUCUCGCUCUCCUCACUUUCCUGGAAGUGAACCAGAAGUUCUGGCAAUUUGAGGGCGGCUCUCAGAUUUCAGCUCAGAUUCGAGAGUCUCACUUUGUGAGAGCAAUCGAGACUCUUCAACACUUGAAGACCAAGUUCACUCCGUAUGAGAAACUUCUCGUGAUCAUGGAGACUUUCAAAGAGGUAAAUAAACUUGGUCAGGAAUUGUGCGGCGAUCAUUUCUACUGGUCCAUGGACGAGUUAUUCCCUGUGCUCCAAUUCAUCGUAGUCCGAGCUAGGAUCCUUCAGCUGGGUGCCGAGAUCCAUCUCAUGGAAGACCUCAUUGAACCGGCUCUCAUGAACGGCGAAUUUGGCAUCAUGUUCACAACGCUUCAAGCCAACUAUUUCCAAAUCCUCAAGGAAUCCUUGGCAAUUUAGGCUUCUCGGGACUUCAUCUCUCCUUUCAAAUGCUUAAACAAUCAAAUAACUUGGUAUAUAGAUAUAUAGAUAACGUCGCAUAGAUAUUUAUCACUAAAACCCAACAAUAUAAACUCGAUUCAAAUCGCAUUAA